CAAACGCAAUCCCGUCUCUGUUUGGUUCUUACUUCCUUCCCUCGUCGCCCUCAUUUCACCAUAUAAACGCUCGCUCAAAGUUUCAAUAUUUAGCUCUCUUUUGCAACCAGAUCAAAGAACGAUGAUGGAUAACAAUAAAUUCAUACACUUAUCUUAAAAACCCAGAAUUCCUUUAAUAAAAAAAUCUCUCCAAUGGCCACCAGCGCCACUGCCACUGCCACGGCCACUGCAACUGCAACAGCUCUCUCUCUCGUUCCAUCUUUAGGAUUCACUUCCUCUUCUAACUCUAAUGCUUCUACUUCUUCAUCAUUCUUAACCGGUGGCACCCACUUAUGGUCUCAUAAGAAAUUUGCUUCUGUUUCUUUAACCUAUUUAUCUCCUGCUUCUGUUAAGUUCAGGACCAACUCAACGAAUCGUUUUAGACCCUUUGUCAGUGCUUCUGGGGAUUACUAUGCUACUCUUGGAGUUUCAAAAGCUGCUAAUAUUAAAGAAAUCAAGGCCGCUUAUCGAAGGUUAGCUCGCCAGUACCACCCAGAUGUUAACAAGGAACCUGGAGCAACUGAAAAGUUCAAGGAGAUAAGUGCUGCUUAUGAGGUGCUAUCAGAUGAUAAAAAGAGGGCUCUGUAUGAUCAGUAUGGUGAAGCUGGAGUUAAAAGUACAGUAGGUGGUUCAUCAAGUGCUUAUACGACUAAUCCUUUUGAUCUAUUUGAGACAUUCUUUGGGCCAAGCAUGGGUGGCUUUCCUGGCAUGGAAACUGGGUUCAGGACUAGCCGUCGUAGUACCAUUACUAAGGGUGAAGACUUACGGUGAGUUAUGAUUAAGUUUUACCCAAUGGAUGGUGUCUCACCUCAUCUUAUAGCACCAGUUAAUAUGAGGAUAUUAAUUGGAUUUAGUUGGCCUUAUGUAGUCUGAUAAUUUAACUUUACCAGUAUUGUUGUCCGGUUUGCUUAUUGAUAAAUUUGAUUAGCUAUGAUGCGCCAACACACCUUCAAUAAAGGUAUGAAAUGUUGUGACUAUAUAUUUAUGUUUGUUGAUAGAUGGUUAUAAGUUUGAUAUUGAAUUCAAACAUUCCUUUCCUUUCUAUUUCCUUUUCUCUUACAUGCUUUAUACACUUCUAUAUUUGAUAUUCUCCUCAUUUGCAUUUCCAUGUUGUAGUCGAUAUAUGUUCUGUUCUCUGUGUGGGAAAACUUGUAUGCAUGUGUAAUGCAAAUUUGCAGACACAGAUAGGUGAUCUAUACAACUGGACUUUAUAAUAUGUUGGUUUGAUACAUUGAUUUUUAAGGUAUGUGCUAUUUAAUUGUCAAAAAAAAAAAAAAAAAAAAAAAAAAAAAA